AUGGGGAAGAGUCGACAACGAUGCAUGAGCUCUGCUUCCUUCCUGUCGGGGAUGAACCCCGAUUAUGUGGCUCUUGGCGAAGUUGGUGAUCUCGCGCAGAUGCUCCCUGGAGCCGGCGAUAACAAGGCGAGGGAGACCGCGGCCAAGCUUCAGGAAGCUUUGGCGGCCCUGCAGCCCAAGGACUACAAAGACCUUUUCGACCGCCACGCUAUUCCCCACUUGAAGCAAAAGCUGCCAAGCCUGGACGAUGAUGAUGAUGAGGAUGAGGAACCCUGCUUCUGCCCGAGGGCUGAGUGGUCUGCGGCCGGCGGCGGCGAGCGCAGUAGCAGCAAGGCAAGGGCCUCCACGCGAAAACCCGCCGUGACGGUGAACAGUCAUAUGGAUCCGGACGAGAUCAGCUUGCAGAAUCGACGGUCGACCAGCAGACUCAGUUCCCUCUCCGACCUAUUGCCCAAGCUCGUGUUCAUGCCCACUGGCUUCUUCAGGACGACUUGGGACUUCAUCAACAUUCUCAUCCUGACGGUGGAGCUGAUUCUCCUGCCGCUGCACGUCUUUGAUGGGAUGGUGCCUACCCCAUUUCUCAUCGGCCUCUCAUGGAUCAUCCAGCUCUUCUGGAAUUUGGACAUUAUCGUCCACUUUCGGACCUGCUUCUACAUGCGCGGUUAUGCUGUCAGGGAUGCCAGGAAGAUUGCACAGCGCUACCUCAGAGGAUGGUUCAUUUGCGAUUUCUCGAAUGUCGUGGCCGAUUGGUAUUUAGACUCCAGAGCCUCCUACGCAGCGGCCGUCCUGUCGCAAGCUGCUGGUGUCAGCGAGCUGUAUUAUGUGGUUAUCCUAAAGUUCCUGCUGCGUCUUGUGCGCUUUGCGAAGCUCAAUGGAAUUGCGCAGUCUCUCAUCCGCAGGCUCAACUCGGACACCGCAAUCGCCAAGGCUAAGAUCUUUCUCCUUUCGUGCCAGAUACUGCUUAUGCAGCAUGUGAUGGCCUGCAUCUGGUACAAAGUUGGCGUGGUCUCAGACGAAGGCUGGGUGAGCCAAUUCGAUUAUUCCGAGAAAGACAUGGACUACAGGUAUACGACAUCUUUGCACUGGAUGUUUUGCCAGCUGGGCUUCGGAUCCACUGGCAUUGAGGGGAACACGACGCUGGAGCGUGUUUACGGACUCAUUGUUGCGUUCCUCGCGCUGGUCGUCUUCUCCACACUUCUCGGUGCCAUCACGAGCCUCACGAAUCAGCUGAACAAGGCUUCAGAGGAGCGCAAACACCAGUUUCGCCAGCUGAGGAAGUACUUGAACCAGCAUCACAUCAACGAGGACCUCAGCCUUCGAAUUACUGGCUUCCUACAGGAUGCCUACAGCCUUCGCCAGGCACGGCUCGCGGAUUCCCAGGUUGCACUUCUGGAGCUAUUGUCCAAGCCCCUGCGUGGAGAGCUGCAAUAUGCGAUGUACGAGAGAUGCCUUGAGGAGAUGACCUUCGUGAAGGAUGAGCUGUUGCGUUAUGACGACCGCGGGAACCUCCAGGCCGCCAAGAACUUGGCUACCGAGGCUCUGACUCAGAGAACCUUUGCUCCUGCAGACACCGUCUUUGAGGCGGAGGUGAUCGCCAACCACGCCUAUUUCAUGACCUCGGGCAUGCUGGCCUAUGAGCUGAGCGGCUACAAGGUGCGUUUGCAAGGAGCGCCUGAGGAACCUGCAUGGCUGGUGGAGAUGAGCUUGUGGAUCCCUUGGCUUCACCUAGGUGAGCUCACGACGGAGGACGUUUCCGGCCUCGUCUUGCUCGAGGUCGACAAGUUCGCCGCCUCUAUCCGCCGCUCCUUCAACGGGCAGAGCUUGGCUUGUGACUACGCCCAGAAGGUCGUGAACUGCAUGAACGAGAUGGAGGUGGUCACCGACUUGUGGCAGAUGCCACCGAAAGAAGACCCCGAGGAAGAGCACCGGCGCGCAAGCCUUGAUCACAACAGUUUCUUGCAACACCUCCCGUUCCGCCGCUUCAUAUCGACGGAGGCCGACUUUUCAAAAGUGAUCCCGGAGAAGUAG